UGGAGGAUCCCACGUCGCUGCUCCUGGGUCAGGGCGCGGCUGGGUCCCAGGACGGCCCCCCUCUGCCUCCCCUGACCCGAACCUGGCUGGGAGAGCGGCAGCCAUUCUGGGAGGAGGAAGGAGACAUGGCGUUGAGGAAGAGAAGCAGACAGGGCCACCCGGGAGGGAGGGAGAGUCCGAGCCAGAGGGCCAGGGAGAGACACCAGGGCAUUCCCAGGGACAGAAGAAACAAGGCAGAACCCGCCAGAGUUGAAGAAGGGCAGAGAGACACUCACCCAGGGAUCGCCCGGCCGUGCGCCUUCGGGCAAAUGGCCUCCCGUGUCUGAGCCUCGGUUUCCUGGUCUGUGAAGUGGGGGCGCACUUGAGGAGCCCAGACCGUGUACCAGCUGCUGCUCUAGGCCCCGGGAGACGCGGCUCAUCAGGCACACGUCCUGCCCCCUGGAGCCCCGCGUGUACCUCUGUUGUCCUUGCCGGGGUCACCGUCAUGCGAGGGAGCGUGAGCUGGAAUUUCGGGGGACGCGUCCUCAGCCCAGGGCGCAGGUCCCAGCAGCCAUACCCACCGCCACGCCUGUCGCCCCAGCGUCCCAGCCAUGGCAGGAAGCUCUAACGUGCCCCACAAGACGUCGCUGCCCGAGGGCAUCCGGGUGGGCACCGUGAUGAGGAUUCGAGGCGUCGUCCCGGAAAAGGCCGGCAGGUUCUAUGUGAACCUGCUGUGCGGCGAGGGGCCGGGCGGGGAGGCUGCCCUCCAUUUCAACCCGCGGCUGGACGAGUCCACGGUGGUCUUCAACAGCCUGGAGCAGGGCACCUGGGGCCGGGAGGAGCGCGGCUCAGGCAUUCCCUUCCAGCAUGGGCAGCCCUUCGACGUGCUCCUCAUCGCCACCGAAGAAGGGUUCAAGGCGGUGGUCGGCGACUCGGAGUACCACCACUUCCGCUACCGGAUCCCGCCGGCGCGCGUGCGCCUCCUGGAGGUGGGCGGGGACCUGCAGCUGCAGUCGGUGAAGAUCUUCUGAGCCUCCGGGCGGGCGGCGGGGU